CCCUUUACCAAAUCCGUGUAAACUGUAAACCCUACGUCCCGGCUCCUUCGCGUUCCAUUCGAGAUCGCCUUCUACUGCGAUCCUCUUUACUUCGCAUGCGAACUGGAUUCCGCUUCAUCUUCGACACCUAAGCAAGAUUUAGAUAUUGAAAAAACAAAGCAUGUCUAGUAAGAAGGAAGAGAAGUCGCAAGCAGCUGCUGAAAGGAUUAAGGCUGCGGCUCUCAGUGCUGCAAAAGGCCUUAGUCGAGCUCAGGCUGAACGAGCAGCUACGGCUGCUGCUCGAAAUGUUAAUGCUUAUGGGCAAAAGGAAGAAGGGCCUAGCAGAUGGCAGGAGAAAAGAGAAGCAAAGAGGCAGAUGUAUUUGAUGAGUACUGAAAAGGCAGUAAGAUUGGGUGAAAGAAAGGACAUUAAGGUCUCCAUGUCUAGUGCGGGCGGAGCUGCUGCACAGUGCCAGAAAUGUUAUCAGUCGGGACACUGGACAUAUGAAUGCAAAAAUGAACGAGUUUACAUAUCCCGACCAUCUCGGACUCAACAACUCAAAAACCCGAAGUUGAGGAUGAAGAUGGCAGUCUCAUUGGAGAUGGACAACCCAGAUUCUGGUGACGAGGAGAAGAAGACCAAGAAGAGGCAAUUGAAAAAGAAAAGUAAAAGAAAGCAUCGGUCCGAACUAAAAUCCAAUAGUGAUAGCGAGGCUUCUGUAUUUGAAACUGAUAGUGGGUCAUCAUCAGUUACUGGAUCUGAUGAUUCUUCUGAAGAAAGCAGUUCAGAUUACAGUUCUUCAUCUGAUUCGGAGUCAGAAAGGAGUCGAAGAAGGAGAAGGAGAAAGAAGCAGAAGAGGGGGAGGAGGAAGAGGAGGUACAGCUCAUCUUCAGAUUCUUCUGAUUCAGACUCGGAGUCUGAAUCAGAGUCUGAUUCUGAUCAUGAACGUAGUAGGAGGAAGAGUCGAAGGCACAGCAGAAAACGCUAGUCAAGGUAAAUCUCGAUAAAUUAGAACGGUCGAUAUAUAAUUGCAACUGCAGUCAGAUUAGAGAUGUGAGAUCAUUCAGCUUCUUGUUUUAGUCGUUCAACAACUCGAACUAGGGACUAGGGACACGCUCUCUGGGGGAAUGUUAUGGUGAAUCUUUGAGUUGUUUUGUGUUAAACUGAAGUUUGGGCUUUUUUUUUUCUUCUUCUAAUAAUUGAGUUUUAGCA